CGAAAUGGAAUCGUUAUUCAAGAACUGUAGGCACGAGUCAAAUUUCGUUCUUAAACUUCAUACGAGCUCCUUACAUGAGCGACCGGAAUACAUUCGUAAGAGCUGCAGAUGAUCCACGUAUACUAAAAAGGACCAAAAAGAUUAAAAUUUGAUGCGCAUGCGCAUUGUGCUAAAAAUCGACGCUACACCUGAGAAGCUAGCGUGUGCCGUGUAUGAAUGUGUGUGAAAGUUCGUAGAUGGAGUUGGUACACGUUAGGAAUGUACGAUUUCUUUACAAAGCGAUACUAAAGUUGCACAGAGGAUUACCAAAGGAACUGCAAAUUAUAGGAAAUGGUUAUGUCCGAGAUGAAUUCAAGAGACAUAAAAGCUGUACUCCACAUGAAACCGAAUUGUUUAUGUCCGAAUGGACGAAAUAUGCUGUCUCCCUUGCUGAACAGUUGAAACUAAAAGGAGUUAAUAUGAAACAGUUCGGUGCGCAGUUGGAUGAGGACCGCAUCGAGCAGAUGAGAGAUGACCAGCUAUACCAGUUGUAUGAGCUAAUGGUUGCUGCGAAAGGAGAAAAUGCAGUUGAGCAUCAAUAAGUUGACUGCCUAGCAUUGAUAUGGUUGUGAUUAUAAAGAUUUGAACUGCUGGAGGUAUACCACAAAUAAUAUAAACCAACAGGUUUAGCCCGCAUCUCGUGGUCGUGCGGUAGCGUUCUCGCUUCCCACGCCCGGGUUCCCGGGUUCGAUUCCCGGCGGGGUCAGGGAUUUUCUCUGCCUCAUGAUGGCUGGGUGUUGUGUGUUGUCCUUAGGUUAGUUAGGUUUAAGUAGUUCUAAGUUCUAGGGGACUUAUGACCACAGCAGUUGAGUCCCAUAGUGCUCAGAGCCAACAGGUUUAGAGAUCCCCCUCACAUCAGUGUUCAAUGUUAUGCUAACAUGAGUACAACUGUAGUGAAUACUUGAAAUGUUUGUUUUGAUCUAUCUGUUAUCUCAAAGGAGAUCAGAAUCCCUUUGCUAUGAAUAUUACAGGGAAGACAGGGCCUGUUCCAGAAAUUUUGACAUGGAAUAGUGUUUGCUGACAAAGAAAAGUGUGCCUUUGUUUUCAAAUUCCUAUAUAGUUGUUAUUUAUGCAAUCAUUGUUAUCUGCUUAAAAUAAUAAAUUUUAUGAAACAGUAAA